AUGUUGUCCAUGAAGCCAAGUGCUCCAGCCAAAAAGAAUGAAAGACAUUCCAAAGUGACAGUCUCUGCCCCUAAUCCAAUUGGUGAGAGUAUAGACGAAGAGGAGUGUCCAGCUUGCCCAGCUGGAAGAAAGUUUGCCAAAGAGCAAGAGGCAACUAAAAGAAAGUGGGGGGAAAACAUUGAGAGGCUGAUUGCGUUGCAUUCAGAAAGUAUUGCAAAGGGUGAUGAGUGCAAGAAGCUUCUAAAAAAGACCAUGGAGUCUAACUUUGUGGCAAUGGCUAUAAGAGAGAAAAACGCCAUCCUUCAAAGGACUCAAGACAUAAAGGUUCUGUUAAUUGAUACUUCUUUGAUUGCAGAUCAUGUCAGCCGUCAGAUGAUGUUGGACUUGAAGAAGGAGGUUCAGGAAAGAGGUGUAGGAAAUACUCCUAUCAGCAAUGAUGACAGUAUGAGCAGCAAUCUCUUUGAUAUUAGCAGCGAAGGAGAGGAUUGUGAUGGCAAUUAG